CAGGAGGAGGACCGCGAGGAAACCGUGGCUCCGAUAAAGCCCGCUGAACGGAAUCUGCGGCUGUCCGGGGCACAUCGCUUCCGGGUCACAAGGGAUCACUUCCGGUGCGGCGGCACGGUGUUACCGGAGAACUUGGUUCUGGAGAGCAGUGAAUCUCAAGAGACCCCUGGCAGUGGUGCCUUGGGCCAUGGCCUCUGACCUGGACUUCUCGCCUCCCGAGGUGCCUGAGCCCACCUUCCUGGAGAACUUGCUGCGGUAUGGGCUCUUCCUGGGAGCCAUCUUCCAGCUCAUCUGUGUCCUGGCCAUCAUCGUACCCAUUCCCAAGUCCCAGGAGGCGGAGGCAGAGCCGUCUGAGCCCAGGAGUGCAGAGGUGCCCAAGAAGCCCAAGGCUCCCAUCCCUUCCACCAACAAGAGGCCAAAGAAGGAGACCAAAAAGAAGCGGUAGACUUAGAGGCCUGAGGAGUCAAGGCCCUAGCCUUGGGGACAGCCCUCCUGGGAACCAGCAUCCUGUUUGCUCUCAAAGACUGUCUCUGUCCUUGGCUCAGAGUCUGAGAUGAUUGAAACUCCCUUGACUACAGAGAUCUGAGCAGUCCUAAGCCCCAGCUGUGCAGACCACCACUUCCUCUUCCUUCUCUCUGUGGUACACAAGAGAUUCCCGAGAGCAAACACUGCUCUGAGGGUUCUGAAGUCAGAUCAAGCUCACAGGGCAAACUAUUCCAUUAGUCCUCUAGCCCAGAGGUCUUGAGACCAGUGCGUCACUAAGUGUGGAGUUGUUGCCUAAGGCUGCAGACACACCCUCUCCCAUGGCUUGGGCACAUUUGUUACUUCUGUAUGCACAGAACUUCUCGUGAGUUCAGGUCGGGAUGCAUGGCUCUGCAGUGUGAGCUAGCCCACUCACUGCGGCAGCCAGGUCCUGAAGAUGGUGGGGGGUGGUGGGGGAGGGACAGUAGAAGGCCUGGGCUCAGUGAUGCCUGCAGGAGAAGGUACUGGCUGAAUGAGGCCAGAUUUCCCGAGCACAGCCUUUGUAAGCCUUUGAAGUAGGCUUGUCACUUUCAGACCAACCUCUUUGUAACCCAUUUUAACAUUCAAAGUGCCUUUGACUUCAACCUGUCCUCCCCACAUCUCUCAUUCCCUGACCAGUAAAGGAAAUUAUGUGGAGAAGUCAAAGCAAAUAAAGUGUCCUGCAUGCUGA